AAUCGGGAUUUUGUAAACCUGCUAAUAGUAGAAUGUCAAUUUCAUUCUUCACUAUCGAAAUACACCCAACUCUUAUCAGGAUUGAUGUGUCUAUCUGCAUUGGAAUGAAUUUGUUUGUCUCGUUACUUUGAUAUCGAGUUUGUCGAAGAAGUCAGUUCCUCAAGACAUUCAUAUGAACGGGUUUGUGUUAUCUCAGCAAAGGUUUAACUCGGUACAGUGAACUGUUUCGUUUUUGUGGACAUUCGAUAAUGCAGGACGAUAUGAAGCCGUUGCUAAUGCGAAAAAGUUUUGAAUAUUAUGACAGUAUUAUGAAAAAUGAUGAGCGUUCAUCAUUACAAAUCGAAAGACCAGUGUACCAAAUAGAGGAAUUGAAUAGAGACCAUUUGUACGAAAAACCAUAUUCGACAUUAAAAUCUACCUGCAGAAAGGCAUGUGGUUCAAUCCAUUUCUGGUCAUGUCUGAAGCAAACCAUCCCUAUAAUAUCUUGGCUUCCCGAAUACAACUGGAAGAAAAGUUUCUCUGGAGAUAUAGUUAGCGGGUUGACAGUUGCCAUAAUGCACAUACCUCAGUCUGCGUCAUAUGGUUUACUUGGCGGAGUCCCUCCUGUGGUAGGAAUUUACAUGGCUUUUUUCCCAGUGUUAGUUUACUUUUUUUUUGGAACCUCGAAACACGUGUCCAUGGGUACAUUUGCAAUUGUUUGCCUAAUGACCGGCAAGGUAGUCAACCAAUAUACAACUGUAGAGAUAAUGCAGAACGGAACACGACGAAAUCUCGUAGCGGAUAUUGACGGAGGUCCUUCGUAUACCAAUAUUCAAAUUGCCAUGACAGUCACUUUUACAGUGGCAAUCAUCCAGUUAGGUAUGUAUCUUUUAAGACUUGGAUUAGUUUCGCAACUGUUGUCCGAAACAUUGGUGAACGGCUUCACGUGUGCAUCAGCUUUCCACGUGGUAUCAUCCCAGCUGAAAGAUCUUCUUGGAUUAGACACAAAGAAAAGGAGAGGCAACUUCAGUUUUGUUUAUACUAUAUAUGAUUCUAUCUUGGCUAUUCCUAGGGCUAAUACAAAUGCUGUAUUAGUGUCUUUUACCGCCUGCAUUAUCCUGUUGAUAAACGAUAAACUCAUAAAGCCUAGAUUAGCAAAGAAGACGAAAAUGCCUUUCCCAAUUGAACUAGUGGCUGUCGUGAUAGGAACUACGGCUAGUUAUUUCCUGGAAUUUGACACGAAGUAUGGAAUAUCAGUGGUAGGAACCAUACCGACAGGAUUUCCGGAACCUACCCUGCCAGCAUUCGAACUGAUUCCGGAGUUAUUAUUAGAAGCAUUUGUCAUCACUAUGGUUUCGUACACGAUAACAAUGUCCAUGGCGUUAAUAUUUGCUAGAAAACUGAUGUACGAAGUAGACUCGAACCAGGAACUUUUGGCCCUCGGUCUGAGUAACACAAUGGGAUCCUUUUUCAGUUGCAUGCCAGUAACUGCCUCUCUAUCACGGUCUAUGAUCCAACAAGCUGUUGGUGGAGUUACGCAAAUAGCAUCAGUAGUAUCCUGUUGUAUCCUACUGGUGAUCCUGUUGUGGAUUGGCCCAUAUUUUGAAACACUGCCAAGGUGUGUACUAGCCAGCAUUAUCGUCAUCGCGUUGCAAGGAAUGCUCCGUCAAUGCACGUCAUGCAUACGGUACUGGCGACUCAGCCGCUGGGACGGAAUCGUUUGGGUAGUAACGUUCGUAACGACUCUGUUCGUGCAAAUUAGCUACGGGUUAGCUGCCGGCGUGGCCAUCUCGCUGCUGAGCAUAUUCAUACAGGGCUACAAACCGUACACUUGUAUGUUAGGAGAAGUACCCAAUACAGAUUUGUAUUUGGACAUUAAGCGAUACAAAGGGGCAAGAGAAAUAGAAGGAAUUAAAAUCUUUCACUAUGCCGGUGGCUUAAGUUUCGCUUCCCGAUCAACUUUCAAAGACAUUUUGGUCAGAAAGACUGGUUUCGACGCUGCUGACAUUCUCAGAAGAAGGGUAAAACAUGCUGAAAGAGGUUUGGAAGACAACAGUGAAGAAUUGUUGACUAGAUGUUUGAUUCUCGAUUUUUCCUGUCUGACUUUCGUGGAUCCCGCUGGAGUUGAUUUUCUGAGGACACUCCAAGCUGAUUUGAAUAGUUUGAGUAUAUCCAUGUACAUAGCUGGAUGUUCAGGUCCAGUAUACGAAGUAAUGAAAAAAUGUGAUAAAGUGGAGAAAAAAGAAAAUAAGUUUUUGAUUUUUCCCACAGUUCACGAUGCAGUAUUGUUUGCUCAGGUUACGAUUAUGAAUAAGAAAGAAAGUUAGGAAUUUCAUUCAACUGUAGUAUUUAUAUUCUUUUGGAUUGCUCGUUGAUUUAUUUCGGGAUAGCGUUCACUUAAGUAGUAAACUUUAUGUGUGGUGUUUUAUCGAAGAGUAUUGUGUCCAAAAAGUUUAUUUCAACUAUGAGGCAAUGAUAUAAAUGAAUUCAACUUCAUUCCUGGAAACUGUUUUACUAUUAUAACUAUGAAAUCCUAUUCUACCGCUUUCGGUAAACAUGGAAUUAAAAUUAAUCGCAAAAAUAGUUAUUAUUAUUAUUGGCUCCAAAAACUUAUUUUUUUUAACCCAUCCAAACAUUACUUACUAGUUGAAAAAUACCAUAUCGUAUUUUUCUUAUGGAUUUUUCGUGAUCAAUUGUUCCUAAUUUUGUAGGAUCUCUCUCUCUUUCUCUCUCUCUUAACAUGUAAAUAUAUCAAUUGUGAAAGUAUUACAAGUGAAAUCAUAAUCAAAUGUUCAGAUAUAUAUUUAGACUUCUCAAGAAACUUAAAGAAGAGUUUGAUUGUUGUGAAUUCACUUGACACUAUAAAACAUUGAAUUGUAAACUUUUUAUAAUUACUUUUUUAAUGUAUAAUAUAUUGUUGAACUGUAGUGAGAUUUAGACUGUUGAAAUAUACUAUUUUUGAAAAUCA